CUUUUUUUAGUUUUGAUCCAUCUGGGUUUCUUGAUUUUGACUUACUUGUGUGAUAUAUGCUGUUUGGAUCAGUUAAUCAACAAAUUACCAAAUGGGUUUGUGUUGCAGCAAAAGCAAGAGUGAAGAAGAUACAAACCCUCAUGCACUCAGAACAAAAACAAAGCCUGGUACAGAGCAUCCACGGGCAUCAGUUAAACCAAUCGACAGUGCGGUUUGGUCGCGUAUGAAGCAAUUCGGAGGUAUGAACAAACUCAUGAAACUUGCUCUCAAGGUCAUUGCAGAAAAUUUAUCAGCAGAAGAAAUCCAAGAGUUGAGAUCAAUGUUUAGAAACAUAGACACUGAUAACAACGGGAUAAUUAAGUAUGAAGAACUUAAAACGGCUUUGGCUCCAUGGGGUUCAAAACUCAUAGAAGCUGAAGCCAAACAACUCAUGGAAGCUGCUGAUGUUGAUGAGAACGGGUCGAUUGAUUACAUUGAGUUCGUCACAGCAACAAUGCCUCGACAUACAUUUGUAAGGGAUGGACAUUUGUACAAAGCUUUUCGACAUUUUGAUACUGAUAAUAGCGGGUUUAUUACAAGAGAUGAACUAGAAACAGCCAUGAAGAACUAUGGAAUGGGAGAUGAAGCCACCAUUAAAGACAUAAUAACAGAAGUGGAUACUGACAAUGAUGGGAAGAUAAAUUAUGAAGAAUUCUGCGCGAUGAUGCGAAGUGAGACCCAACCUGGUACAGAGCAUCCAGGGGCAUCAGAUAAACCAAUCGACAGUGCGGUUUGGUCUCGAAUGAAGCAAUUCGGAGCUAUGAACAAACUCAAGAAACUUGCUCUCAAGGUCAUUGCAGAAAAUUUAUCAGCCGAAGAAAUCCAAGGGUUGAGAUCAUUGUUUACAACCAUAGACACUGAUAACAACGGGACAAUUAAGUAUGAAGAACUUAAAACGGCUUUGGCUCCAUGGGGUUCAAAACUUAUAGAGGCCGAAGCCAAACAACUCAUGGAAGCUGCUGAUGUUGAUGAGAACGGGUCGAUUGAUUACAUUGAAUUCGUCACAGCAACAAUGCCUCGACACACAUUUGUAAAGGAUGGACACUUGUACAAAGCUUUUCAACAUUUUGAUACUGAUAAUAGCGGGUUUAUUACAAGAGAUGAACUAGAAACAGCAAUGAAGAACUAUGGAAUGGGAGAUGAAGCCCCCAUUAAAGACAUAAUAACAGAAGUGGAUACUGACAACGAUGGGAAGAUAAAUUAUGAAGAAUUCUGCAUGAUGAUGCGAAGCGGGACACGACCUGGGAAAGUGCUCUAAUGUCUUUUAGCACCAAAGCAAAGCUUCAAGAAACUUAAAUGGCAACAAAACUGGAACAAACAAUAAUCAUAAAGAAAGUUUGUACAAUAUUCAUUUAAAGUUUAAACCUCAUUUGUAUUAUAUUGUCUUGUGUUUCGACUCGAUUCUAUAAGACUUUUUACAUCA